AUGCUUGACGGUGUUCCAGACCAGGUGAAACUCUGGACCCGACUGAUUGUGUUCUUCCUCCUCUACCAGGUGAAGUGUGACCAGUACUGGCCUGUCAGAGGGACAGAGACCUAUGGUAUGAUACAGGUCAGCAUGUUGGAUACUGUGGAGCUGGCUACCUACAGCGUACGCACCUUCGCCCUCUACAAGAAUGGUUCCAGUGAGAAGCGUGAGAUUCGUCAGUUCCAGUUCAUGGCCUGGCCGGACCAUGGGGUACCAGAGUACCCCACCCCCAUCCUGGCCUUCCUACGACGGGUCAAAGCCUGCAACCCCCCUGACGCAGGACCCAUGGUGGUACACUGCAGUGCGGGCGUGGGUAGAACAGGCUGCCUGAUCGUGAUCGAGGCCAUGCUGGAGCGUAUGAAGCACGAGAAGUCAGUGGAUGUCUACGGUCAUGUGACGUGUAUGAGAGCUCAGCGGAACUACAUGGUGCAGACCGAGGACCAGUAUGUCUUCAUCCACGAGGCCCUGCUAGAGGCAGCCACCUGUGGCCUCACUGAGGUCCCCGCACGAAACCUGUACGCACACAUCCAGAAACUCACCCAGCCGCCCACGGGGGAGACCGUCACCGCCAUGGAGCUGGAGUUCAAGAGACUGGCUAACUCCAAAGCCCACACCUCUAGGUUCAUCAGUGCCAACCCCUGCAAUAAGUUCAAGAACCGGCUGGUGAACAUCAUGCCCUUCGAGUCGACACGCGUGUGUCUGCAGCCUAUCAGAGGAGUGGAAGGGUCUGACUACAUCAACGCCAGCUGCAUCGACGGAUACAGGUAAGAGAGAGAGUGUGAUGGCCAAUCCAGGACGAUCCGCCAAUUCCAGUUCACUGAUUGGCCAGAACAAGGAGUGCCAAAAACCGGGGAAGGAUUCAUCGAUUUCAUUGGCCAAGUGCAUAAAACCAAGGAGCAGUUUGGACAGGACGGACCAAUCACUGUUCACUGCAGUGCCGGGGUGGGCAGGACAGGGGUCUUCAUCACUCUGAGUAUCGUGUUGGAGAGGAUGAGGUACGAAGGGGUGGUUGACCUCUUCCAGACCGUCAAGACGUUACGUACCCAGAGACCUGCCAUGGUGCAGACAGAGGACCAGUAUCAGCUGUGCUACAGAGCCGCGUUGGAGUACCUGGGCAGUUUUGACCACUAUGCAACGUAACCACUCUGARCUGAGCAGCCUCUGGCAUGGCCACUGAGUGUCCCAUCUCAGCCACCGUACUUGUAUCAACCCAUCUGACCUGACCCUGCCAUUGCUACCCUAUCACAGGGGAGGAGGGAGGUGCCACUGUCACCUAGCGACGGGUUCAACCAAUCCCAGAGGUCUACUACUUGGAUUUACAACAUAAAAAACACAAAAAAACAAAAAAAACACCCUAAAGAUUUAAAAAACAAACAACAAACAAUACCAUGACGACGACAGCGUUUCAUACGGGAGCAAGCGACAGUUCUGACUGAGUUCUGAGGUUCUGUUCUCCUUUCUUAUUUUAUUAUCAUUAUUAUGAAAUACCAUUAUGAAUAAUGUUCUUAUUAUUAUUUACUUAAUCAUUAGUUUUUUGUUUUUUUUUAAAUAAUUGUUUUAAUACCAUCAGACAUAUAUUUUUGUCUUAAUGGCCUAACUGGGGCGCAGCAUUUUAGUUUUUCCACCAUAAUCAGUAUGUUUAUUUUAGUAAAAAAGAAUAAAAAAUGUUGUAUGUUAUUUUAGGGACCUGUAUUUUCUACUUCCUGACGUUAAUACAGGAGAGCCACUGUUUGUUCUCUGAAGCUGCUGACAGUUUUGAUUUUGUAUCAAGAUUUUAUUGUUUAUUAUUAUCAAUUUUUUUAGUCUUAUUCGUUUUAAAACGGAGUAAGAUUAACUAAGAUAAUAUGCCUUUUCACUUUGCUGUUUCUUUUUAAAACGUAGGGGGAAAAAAUGACAAAAUGAUUCAAAAGCAUUACAGCAACCGUCGCGAUACAGGUACUAUAUAAACCACACUAGUUAGCGAAAAAACGUGACAUCUACUAACGACAACUAAAUCAGCAUUGUACAGAAACUCAAAGAGCACAUGAUGAUUUCAACAACAGAGAGACAGAAGCCUUGAAGGCCCUGAGGCCUUCAAUAACCAGAGAACGAAUCUGGAGACGAACGGACGAACAGACUUUUAUACCCAACCAGGAGUUGAACUUGAGAAUCAACUCCUGAAUCUCUGUAUGAAUCAUAUUGUGCCCCUCUUAGCCCCUCCUCUUUCCUUGGUUCCCAGCGAGCUGAUUGGUCAGUCCGCUGCCUGGGGGUUGGAACAUAGGGACUGCUGGAGCAGCGCCCCAUGGUGGUGGAGAGAGGAGUAGCAGCCACUAAUCCUGGCCCCCCUGUACAGAAUACUACGAUUACUACCGGCGGGACAGAGACACAUCAAACCCUUUGCACCCUCCCACCGACCUGCUAUUAUUUUAUACAGAAAUAGAAAUGAUAACUAUAUAUAUAAUUAUGAUUGAUUAUAUAUAUAUGUACAAUUAUACAUAGAUAUAUACUGCAGCUUCAAACUAUAUUGUUAAAAUGAUUCACUCUCUUUACGUACCGGCAUAGUAAAGAGAGAGAGAGGGAAAGAGAGAGAGUGAGAGAUAGAAGGAGAGAGAGAGAGCGAGAGAUAGAAGGAGAGAGAGUGAGAGAUAGAAGGAGAGAGAGAGAGAGUGAGAGAUAGAAGGAGAGAUAGAAGGAAAGUUAGUGUCUGUAUCUACUGGAUUACCAUAGCAACCUGACAGCCACACAGAGUUGGGAUCAGUUCCAUUUUUCAAUCCAGUCAUUUUUCAGGGAGUGAUUUCAAUUCACGAAUCGAAAAUUCAUUCAUUUAGUUGUAAUUUGAUUCAUUUAGCUGUAAUCGACUUCAUUGAACCUGGACUUGACCCUAACCCUUGCGGAAAGAUAGAGAGCAGGUUAUCGUUCUGUUAAAGAGAGUGAGAGAGGUGUAAAAUGUGUAGUUCUGUUAAAGAGAGAUGAAUAGCAUAACCCUAACUGAGGACCACUCCCCAGCCUCCGUCGGCCAACCGCCAUCACGCCACACAAGCACAUCUUUACCCACAAGGCCGCAGGGCACGACGAUCCCCAAGCCUAACAGGACUGAGUCUGACAUGCUGGCUGGAAUAAACCACAAUGUUCAUUUAUACCUUGUGAAUGCUUAGUGCUGUAGGGGUUUGAUCUGUUGUAUACGCAGUCUGUUUUCUAUUUGUUGAUAAAGAACUGGAAUUUAAAAAAAGAUGUUGCUGGAAAAAAAAUCUCGAAUAAAGUUGAAUAAUUGUUG